AUGACUUUUGAUGAUCCUUCCGAUUUCCAAAAUCAUGAAGAUCUUCUAAGUAGAAUGAAUAACGAAAAUAUUGAUACAAUAAAACUUGAAGGAUCAAGCAUACACGAUUUACCAGAUUUCAUUGGCAUUCAAAGGGUCAAAACUUUUGAAUGUGAUUUAUCUUGCAAUAUUUCACAGUCUUAUUUUUAUCAAAAUCAAAUAAUUAAAACAGUUUUGCUUGGGGCAAAUAUUCAAACUAUAGAAGAAAGUGCAUUUGCAUAUUCAUCACUAGAAUAUAUCGAAUUUUCGGAAACAACAUCUGUUAAAAGUUAUGCUUUCGCGUAUUGUACUCGUUUAAAUAUAUCCAACGUUUACCAAUUAGAAAAUUCUUGUUUUCGUAAUACGAAUUUAAAAAGCAUAACAAUAACUAGUGAGGAUCAUUGUAUACCAGAUAAUGCUUUUCGUGAGUGUUAUAACUUAGAAUCAGUUACUAUCAAUAUUUAUCGUUUCUAUAUAAAUCAAAAUGCAUUUAAAGAUUGCUUUAAACUCAAAGAAAUCAUCAUUCAAGAAGGUUGCCGAUUAACAGAAGUUUAUGAAUUUUCAUUUGAAAAUUGUGCAUUAGAAUCAAUCGACUUUAGCUCAAUUACAUAUAUUGGGUAUGCUGCAUUUAGAAAUACUAAAUUUAAGAAAGUUGUUUUGAAUUCUGCAACUCUUAAAGAUCAUGUUUUUGCUCAUUGUAAAUUUCUUAGAGAAGUAAUUAUCCAAGGCGAUUUAAGGGCAGGUAUAAUGUCAACAAAGUCGGGUAGCGUAAGAGAUGCCAGAGAAUUCUUUAUUUCUUGUCAAUCACUAGAAAUAGUUGAUUUAGGUCAACAAAAAUCUGUCAUUGAAGGAAUGUUUAAGAAUUGUUUCAAUCUAAAAGAAAUUAAAUCAUCAAAUCCAGAUCUGAAAAUAGGUUUAGAAUCAUUCUUCUCAUGUUGGAGUUUAACAAAAAUUACAACAAAUAUAUUGGAGAUUGGUGAGGGUGCUUUCAUGUUCUGCAAAUCUUUGGAAACUAUUGAUAUUACAAAUGUUGCAAAAAUUGAAUCACGUGCAUUUUAUGGUUGUGAAAAAUUGAAGAAUAUUUUACCUCAUGUUCAAGGAGAAGAUUACGCAUUUGCGUUUUGUAGUUCAUUAGUUGACUGUAAUGUUCAAAUACAUGCUGGAAUAGGUUUAUUGAUGAAUUGUACAAGUCUUGAAUCAGUUACACUUCAUGGAGUUCAGUAUAUUCCAGAUAAAAUGUUCUUUGGUUGUACAAAACUGAAAACAGUUGUAUGGCCAGAUAUCCUUAAAGGAAUUGGUAAUUAUGCAUUUAUGGACACAAUUCUAGAAAUACCAAAUUUCGACUUUCCUAAUCUUGAAGAAAUAGGCCAAUAUUCCCUUCGAGGUUUAAAAAUUGAAAAGAUAAAAUUCACAAAUGACUAUAUUUAUUAUCGAAAAGAAUGUAACUUAAGGUAUUAUUCAAUUUGUCCAGCAGUUGCACAAACAGAUAAAAGUCCAUUCAAAGACAUUACAUCAAUCAAAGAAAUCAUAUUAGGAAUAAAUGUUACAGAAUUCAAAGCAUUUGAUUUCCUACAAUCUUAUGAUAUUAAAAUCACAAUAGAAAAUUCUCACCUGCAUAUUAAUGAUGGAGUGCUUCUAAAUGGCACAGAAAUAUUAUAUUAUAUUCCAGGGUCAUCAACAAGGAAAACAUAUACAAUUCCAAGUACAAUUACAAAGAUUCAUCCAUAUGCAUUCACAACAUCAAAAUUAGAAGAAGUAGUAAUAAAUAGUUACAUCAAUAUCAUGGGGAAAGCAUUUUGUGGAUGCAAAUCUCUUAAAUCAAUCACAUUUAAUUUCGAUCAACAAAAAAAUUCAUUAGAUACUAGUAUUUUUGAAAAUUGCAUCUCAUUGACAACUGUUAAUUUAUGUCCAUCAUUCAAACAACUUGGUGAUUAUUCAUUUAGAGGUUGUACUUCAUUAGAAACAAUUACAAUUCCAGAUGGUACGCAAACAUUAGGCAGAUAUUGCUUUGCAGAAUGUAGUUCAUUGAAGAAUAUAAAUUUCCCCUCAAAUCGUCUCCUAUUGAAUAGUUAUUGUUUUUAUAAAUGUUCAAGCUUAACUCAUCUAGAUUUAUCAAAAAAUCUUCAAUUUUCUAGUAACGUUUUUGAGUCUUCAUCAUUGAAGUCAAUUAAAAUUAGUGUUUCAAAUUUAAACGAGGGAAUCUUUAAUAUGUGUAGUAAGCUACAAAAAGUAGAAUUAACUGACAUUGAAGGACACAAUAGAAUUAGAUCGUAUUGCUUUAAUUCCACAAAUAUAUCUGAAAUCAAUUUGCCACCAUCUAUUGAAGAAAUUGAUGAUUAUAGUUUUGCUUUCACUAAAAUUAAGAAAUUCUUUAUUCCAAAAACGCUAACAGAAAUACAUCCUCAGGCAUUUUAUGGUAUUGAUGAUAUUGAAUUAGAAUUAGAUUGUGAUCAUCCAAAAUUCAUAUUGGGUGCUCAUGAACUUAUCGAUAAAGAAACAAACACAUUAUUAAUGACAUAUGGAAAAUUGUUAUCAACAUAUAUUGUUCCAUCAAGAGUAAGAAGCAUUGCUAGAAACGCAAUAAAUUCAUUUCCAAAAUAUAAUGAAACAUCAAGAAAAGUUAUAGAUUUCGGAUUAACUACAUUAGUAAUCAGAACAAAAUUAAAUAAUGAUCCAUAUGAAAAUCUGGUUUAUAAUGCUCCAUAUUUACAUAAUCUUUGCUACGGAGGAAAUGUUAAAAUAAAUGGUUUCGAUAAUAUUCCAAGGAUUUUUGUUUCAGAUAGUUAUGUCAGAAGAAUUUGGAAUCAAGUACCACUUAAAGUACCUAUAAGAGGUGAAUGUGAUUCAUCAGUUCCAUUUGAAAACUAUGCAAAAUAUGAUUACACUUAUCCAAAGAAUCCAAAGUAUAUUCAACCUCCUGAACAAAUUCUUCCACAAGAAUCUAAAAAAUGUGCAUUAAUUGAUGAUCCAUAUGAAAUUCCUAAAGUUGAACCAGAAAUAAGUCCAGAAGAAAAUUCACCAGAUCCAACAAAACAAGAAAAUACGAUAUCAUCAGAAACUAAUAAUUUAACACAAAUUACCCAUCUAAAUAAUAAUGAUGAAACUGAGCCAGAUCAAGGUAAAAAUACAUUAUUAACAUUUAUUCUUCUAGCGAUUGCAGUGGUAGAGCUUUUGAUGGUUGCAGGAUUGAUUGUAUUUUUGAUGUAUAAAAAUAAAGAAGAUAGUUCAGAACAGAGUUUUGUUGAAAUGUCAGAACAUGUUAUCGCAAAUCACUCUACCGAGGUUUCAUAUAUAAACCCACUUUUCUCAAUGAACACAACUAUUGAAGAUGAUCCAUUUGCAAGUGACUUUGAAGAUCAUGCAAAUAAUGAUGAAGGUCAUUUUAACGAUUGUAUAUGCGAUGAUGAAUAA